UGGCAGAUGAAAACAGCUGUGUGAGAUGGCCCAUAAUGCAAUGCAGUUUCUCUGAGCUUCAUGAUGUUCGGGUUGAAGGGUUUUAAUAGUGCAUACAGGAUGGCAGCGCGAUAUGACUCUUAGAACACUUGAAAUGCGCUCAGCUGAAACGACGAGGAAAAGGGCACCACCGGACCAGCCUUAAAAUGACCACCGGCUUUAGCUCGAACUCCUGCCGAUUCGCAGAUUACUUCGUCAUCUGCGGGCUCGACACCGAAACUGGGCUAGAACCAGACGAGCUGUCCGCUUUAUGCCAGUAUAUACAGGCUACUAAAGUCAGAGAUGGGACGAGGCGAAUGUCGGCGAGUGCAAAUGAAGGUGAGAAUUUUGAGCAGAGUCCACUGCGGAGAACUUUCAAGUCCAAAGUUCUGGCUCACUACCCUGAGAAUGUGGAGUGGAGCCCAUUCGACCAGGAUGCUGUGGGCAUGCUGUGCAUGCCGAAAGGCCUAUCAUUCCGGACACAGGCGGACUCCCGCGAGCCGCAGUUCCACUCCUUCAUCAUCACGCGUGAGGACGGCUCACGCUCCUACGGCUUCGCCCUCACCUUCUACGAGGAGGUGACCAGCAAGCAGAUCUGCUCGGCCAUGCAGACGCUCUACCACAUGCACAACGCCGAGCAGUAUGACAUUCUGCACGCCCCUGCCGUGCCCCCAGCUGCUGCCUCUGCUGCUGAGGGCCUCCACCCCCUCCUCCCCGCUGGCCCCACCCUCACCCGCCUGCAGCGCUUCAACUCGUAUGACAUCAGCCGCGACACGCUCUACGUCUCCAAGUGCAUCUGCCUGAUGGCGCCACUGGCCUUUCCACAGGCCUGCCACAAGGCGCUGGAGCAGCUGCACCGGGCCGUCACCUCCCCGCAACCGCCGCCAUUGCCGCUGGAGAGCUACAUCUACAACAUCCUAUACGAGGUGCCACUGCCGCCCGCGGGGCGCUCGCUCAAGUUCUCCGGCAUGUAUGGGCCCAUCGUGUGCCAGCGGCCCGGCACUGGCGAGCUGCCGCUCUUCGACUUCCCCAUCAGGGAGGUGCUGGAGCUGCUGGGGGUGGAGAACUUCCUGCAGCUGUUCACCUGUGCCCUGCUGGAGAUCCAGAUCCUGCUCUACUCCCAGUAUUACCAGAGACUGAUGACUGUGGCGGAGAGUGUCACAGCCUUAAUGUUCCCAUUCCAGUGGCAACACGUGUACGUGCCCAUCCUGCCUGCCUCGCUGCUACACUUUCUGGAUGCCCCUGUGCCCUACCUCAUGGGCCUGCACUCCAACGGCCAGGACGACCGCUCCAAGCUGGAGUUGCCCCAGGAGGCCAACUUGUGCUUUGUGGACAUCGACAACCAGUUCAUUGAGCUGCCGGAAGACCUGCCACAGUUCCCUAACAAGCUGGAAUUUAUUCAGGAGAUCUCAGAGGUCCUGAUGAAGUUUGGCGUGCCGCCAGAGGGCAGCCUGCGCUACCACAACAAUGUGGCCAAGUACAAGGGCUUCCGGGCCUGUGAGGUGGACAGGCACAAUGGUAACCUGGCUGGCUCUCCACUCAACUCCUACCUGCUGAAGGAGAACGAGACCAUCGCCCGGCUGCAGGCCCUUGUUAAGAGGACUGGAGUCAGCUUGGAGAAGCAGGAUGUGAAGGAGAAGACUGGUGGUAAUAAGGAUCUGAAGGUGCAGUGUGAUGAGGAGGAGCUCAAGAUGCACCAGCUGAAUAUUCAGGUGCGCGAGGUCUUCGCCAACCGCUUCACACAGAUGUUCGCCGACUAUGAGGUGUUUGUCAUCCAGCCCAGUCAGGACAAGGAAUCAUGGUUCAGCAACCGGGAGCAGAUGCAGAACUUUGACAAGGCCUCUUUCCUAUCAGACCAACCGGAGCCAUACCUCCCCUUCCUCUCCCGCUUCCUGGAGACGCAAAUGUUUGCCUCCUUCAUCGACAGCAAGAUCCUGAGCCACGAUGAUGAGGACAAGGAGCACGCCCUGCGAGUGUUUGAUGCGCGAGUUGACAAGAUCCGCAUGCUGAACGUGCGCACGCCGACGCUGCGCACAUCCAUGUACCAGAAGUGCACCAACAUCGAGGAGUCAGACAAUCUUGUUAAAAAGCGUUUUCUGAAAGUCGAUCUGGUCGCCCCCGUCCCUCAUUCCAUUAGUAUGGACGACUGCAAAUCCCACAGUAGUGAUGAGAAGGCCAUUGAGAUGCGGGUGUCCAAGAUUGAUCACACGGCACUGCACCCCCACCUGCUGGAUAUGAAGAUCGGGCAGGGCCGUUAUGAGCCAGGCUUCUUCCCCCACCUUCAGUCCGACGUGUUGUCCACUGGGCCUACUAGCAACAAGUGGGCGAAGCGGAGUGCACCUGCGCAGUGGAGACGGAAGGACAGACAGAAGCAGCACACAGAGCACCUAUACCUGGACAACGACCAGAGAGAGAAGUACAUCCAGGAGGCGCGGAACCUGGGCACCAUGAUCCGGCAGCCCAAGCUGUCCAACCUGUCCCCCUCCGUCAUCGCUCAGACCAACUGGAAGUUUGUAGAGGGGCUGCUGAAGGAGUGUAGGAACAAGACCAAGCGCAUGCUGGUGGAGAAGAUGGGCCGGGAGGCGGUGGAGCUGGGCCACGGUGAGGUCAGCAUCACGGGCGUGGAGGAAAACACGCUCAUCGCCAGCCUCUGUGACCUGCUGGAGAGGAUCUGGAGCCACGGCCUGCAGGUCAAACAGGGUAAAUCUGCUCUGUGGUCCCACUUGCUACACUACCAGGAGAGCAAAGAGAAGAAGGAUACCAUGCCAGCUGGCCUUGGACCUACAGGACUCAUCCAGGACACAGAGAGACGAAAGUCUGACCCUGGCCUCCUCAUGCCCCCUCUCAGGGUCUCCCUCAUCCAGGAUAUGAGACACAUCCAGAACAUUGGUGAGAUUCAGACAGACGUGGGAAAGGCACGGGCUUGGGUGCGCCUCACCAUGGAGAAGAAGCUGCUUUCCAGACACCUCAAACAGCUGCUGUCUGACCAUGAGCUAACCAAGAAGCUGUACAAACGCUAUGCUUUUCUGCGCUGUGAUGAUGAGAAAGAGCAAUUUCUUUACCACCUCCUCUCGUUCAAUGCUGUGGACUACUUCUGUUUCACAAAUGUUUUCACCACCAUCAUGAUCCCAUACCAUGUACUGGUCAUUCCCAGCAAAAAAUUGGGGGGGUCCAUGUUCACAGCGAACCCCUGGCUCUGUGUCUCUGGGGAGCUUUCUGAAACAGGGGUGCUACAAGUUCCCAAGAACACCCUGGAGAUAACAUUUGAGUGUCAGAACCUGGGCAAGCUGACGACAGUGCAGAUGGGCCAUGAUAAUGCAGGGCUUUAUGCAAAGUGGCUGGUGGAGUGUGUCAUGGUGAGGAACGAGAUCAGUGGGCACACCUACAAGUUCCCCUGUGGCCGCUGGCUGGGAAAGGGUGUGGACGAUGGCAGCCUAGAGCGGAUUCUGGUGGGAGAACUGAUGACACCCAGCACAGAGAAUGAGGACCGCCUUUGCCGAACACCCCCCAUGCAGCAGUCUCCUGGGAUGAUCCGGAGGCUUGUCACCAUCUCGCCAAACAGCAAACCAAAGUUGAACACAGGACAGAUCCAGGAAGGAGUGGGAGAGGCCAUCAAUGGGAUCGUCAAGCAUUUCCACAAGCCAGAGAAAGAGAGAGGCAGCCUGACUCUCCUGCUCUGUGGGGAAUUUGGUCUGGUCUCAGCGCUGGAGCAGGUGUUCCAGCAUGGGUUCAAGUCACCACGGCUUUUCAAGAAUGUCUUCAUCUGGGACUUCCUAGAAAAGGCACAGGCAUAUUUUGAGAGCCCAGAGCAGAAGGAGAUGGGGCAGGAUGAAAACUGGCAGACGAGGGUGCACAACUUUUGCCGCUUCAUGCGUGCCAUCAACAGCUCACCCAGGAACAUCGGCAAGGAUGGAAAGUUCCAGAUGCUGGUGUGUCUUGGAGCCAGAGACCAUCUGCUGCACCACUGGAUUGCCCUCCUGGCAGACUGUCCAGUCACGGCGCAGAUGUACGAGGACACGGCACUGAUAAAGGACCACACACUGGUGAACUCUCUGAUCAGAGUGCUGCAGACUUUACAGGAGUUUCACAUCACUCUGGAGGCCUCUCUAGUCAAAGGCAUAGGCAUUUAGAUGGCCUUGGGCGCUCGUUGGACUGGACACAGUAAAAAUAAUGGGGACUUUCACAGAAGCUACCAUUUUUUCCAUGGACAUUGACUUGAACAAAGGACCAUUUCUGGCUUAUUUUAAGGCUACUGUUACAUUCGCUAUAUAAUAAGUGCAAUGAGCCUAAUGUGUCAUUGAUUUUUAUCCUGAACAAUGUACUGUUAGAAAUUUUAAACACGUUUUUAUUGACUCUCAAUUUUAUUGUUUGCUUUCUUUUGUGAAAACACCCCAUCUGUGCUAAAAUCUGUUAAUGAAAGCUAAAUCUUUUUGUUGUCUUUGUGAAAUGCUGACGAUAGCUAUAUUUAAGGGGAAAGCAAGGGGAAAAAUAUAUUAAUAUAUUUUCAGAAAGGAUCAGUAUUAUUUUGAUAUGUCUGUCAAGUUGCUUGCUCUGUUGUCAAAAAAUUAAGCUUAGUGGUCAUAAUGCAGAGCUGAAACCAAACUGUGUAGAUGUGUGCUUUAUAAGUACUAAUGAUGGGAAGGGAUAGGAUUUUUGUAUUUCAAAAGGAAAAAAUCGUUUUAUAUGUAUUCUGACAGUAAUGCAUAAAAAUGAUCAGUCUUAAAAAAUAAAAACCAGCCCUUACAUAUCAUACUUUCUCGGAAAAGAAGACUAUUCAAAUGUCAAUAAUGGUAAUGUAGCUUCAGUUACUAUUGCACAAUUGUAUUCAUGGGGCAGUAAUAAGCCAUUCAUACAAAAAUGUAUGCAUCAAAGUUCCAAUUUAUAUUUUAACAGCAACACUGCUCUAGGGUGGACUUGCAGAAGACCUGUGCUGUGUGCUUCUCAGGCUAGAACUCUAGAAGCUCUUAGCAUACCUGUAACCUGCUCUUAGCAUACCUCUAACCAGUUAAAUCCUCACCUGUAUUCUCACCAUUCCUCCACUGCUGUGCUCUGGGAUUUGGUCACCACCACUCAGUGGCAUUGCCUAAAGGGCACUGUGGGUAUUGCAUGCUACUACAGUCUGAGUUUGGCUGGCAAAACUGUUCUCUCUUACUCUUGUCCAACGACUUGGAAUUUCACAUGGUUAAAGACACCCCCUUUCCUUGAGCAGCUUUUGUUGUCUGAAGCGUACAAUUACAUGAAUGAAAUAUCAGAAGGAAAAAAGCACGACUAUGAUUUUAUCCCAGCCCUUGUGCUGUCUCAUCAGACAGGUGUGUUUGGAUGACAUAUGGAUUCACAAAAAAAUAAAUGUAAAAUAAAAAUGAUUAAUUUUCUAACAAGUGUACCCUAACUUUUUCAAAGCACCCUAAAUUUCUCUAGCAUUUGUCCUGCCAUAAACUGCUGCUGUUUUUGCUAUGCAAUAUUUACUGCACGAAAGAAGCUCCAUCAGUGGAUAAAGAAUAACGUAGUUACUAUUUUAGGGGCAGCAUAUUUCAACGCGGUAACAUUACUACUACACUGAAGCGCACUUGAAAUUGUCACCACACAAUACUUGGCUGGCGCUGGUGUUUUCCUGGCACGAGAUUCUUGGGAGCGAUUUUUUUUUUGUUCGAGUUUUCCUUUGUAAAUGUACACCUUGAUGGAACUGUGU